UUCUCUACCCGUUACUUAUGGAGAAAGUUUUUGUUGCGCUGCAGGCUAGGGAAAUGGUUACUUUGUGAAAGGGGGAAAGAAGAAAAAAAAAAGUUAUCCAGCCUUUCAUUCGCGGAACAGGUCGACGGGACGUCCCUUCCCUGCAACAACCUACGUCGACUACUGCUCAGAUUUUCAUAUCCGCUGAGACAUAUGACCGGAGUCUCAUAGGGUAGGCGUUUUCUUGCCUGGGGAGUGUUGUUUUAUUUGUUCCCCGUGCAACCAGCGCACUGCUUUAACUGUCACGACGUGAGCCGAACAUGGCCUUUUCCUCGAGCUUGUCUUGUCUAGAAGAAAAGUCUUUAAUAAUGAAUGAGAGCGAUCGGUUGGAUAGCGCAGACACCUGUGGGUGCCCGACUACUGCUGAGCUCAGUAAGGCAGUUUCAGUGUCCUUGGGUUUGGAUUCGUUGUCCUCUCCGCUCAACAACAUGAACCAAUGCUCCAGCGGCGCCUUUGCAGACUUCGACCCCACUGUGGAGAGUAGUUCCCGAGGAGUGCGGGAGUUAGGAGCGGCUCCAAACCUCAACUCAGAAGGCUGCCUGCUUCCGCUGAAUGACACUAACCUAAGACAGGGCGACUUUGGAGAAGUGUGCCACAGCGUUCAGCUGGUGAGUUGCAUGGAUCUGCUCAGAUCUGGAGAAAUGGACAGAGCGCAGACAGUGACGCGCGCCCCGGUGAUAUCCAGAUAUGUCGGCAAGGAAUCAAACUUGUUUAUGAGCCCGGAGGCAGAGCUGCCCGCGCCCUCUCAGGUGGACGAGCUCGGACAUCUGAAACCCUACAAUGCGCACGCUGCCAAUCCAAACCUAUACAGAGAAAUGCCGGGUGGGUGGUGCGCAUACAAUAGCCGAUCCGAGCCAGCCAGAGUCGGAUCCGGCGGACAUAAUUUGAUGUGUAAAUAUUGUAAUUGUGGGCAAACCUCUCCUGAAACCAGGCACGAAUGCCACUGUGUCUGGUACAGCAAAGGUGAGCAGGCUGGUAAAAGUGGCAUGCCAGCAAUGAUGGCACACGAGUAUGGCCAAGUGGAAAGUUACCAAAGUGCAGUUCCUCGAGUGCAGGCCACUUUGUCCACGAUCAAGAACGAGACUCCAGCCUGGGUGGACUGCUCGGAUCGCGGUUUCAGGCAUGAGGAUCUGUUUCCAGGUGUGUACCUGUCAGACAGGAGAGUGUGCCAGGUGUGCGGUGACGAUGCUUCAGGUUGUCACUAUGGAGCCGUCACCUGUGGCAGCUGCAAAGUCUUCUUUAAGAGAGCCGCAGCAGGUAAGCAGAACCACCUGUGUGCCAGCCGGAAUGACUGCACCAUAGACAAGUUGAGGAGGAAAAACUGCGCCUCGUGCCGUUUAAAGAGAUGCUUCAUGUCAGGAAUGAGCCUUAAAGGUCGCAGGCUGAAGGGAGCCGGACAGACAAGGAAUGGAGAGGAGGAGCAACCUCUGGCUCCCUGGGGGAAUGGAGAAAGAGGAGAAAGGGCGUGGAAGAGAGAUGCAAUGUCGGAGCCCGGAAGUGCAGCUGCUGGCGCUCAAACAGCAUCCCAGGCCCUUGCUCUCGGCAUCCCCCCGACCCUGCGCUCCUGCCUCUCCUUGCUCAGCGUCUUGCAGGCCAUCGAGCCGGCUGUGGUCAAUGCCGGCCAUGACCACGCGCAGCCAGACAGCCCUGUGUCCUUGCUCACCAGCCUCAAUGAGCUGGGGGAAAGACAGCUGGUGACUGUGGUGCGUUGGGCCAAGGCAAUACCAGGUUUCCGCGACCUGCAUGUGGAUGAUCAGAUGUCAGUGAUUCAGUUGUCAUGGAUGGGGGUGAUGGUGUGUGCUUUGGGCUGGAGGUCCUACACACUCACUAACAGCUCCAUGCUCUACUUUGCUCCAGACCUGGUCUUCAAUGACCAACGGAUGGAGGUGUCCAGUAUGUACGAAGACUGUGUGAGGAUGAAGCUGCUCUCCCAGAGGUUCUGCAUGCUGAAGGUCACUCAGGAGGAGUUCCUUUGCAUGAAGGCCCUGGUCCUCUUCAGCAUCAUGCCAGUGGAGGGCCUGAAGAACCAGCGUUGUUUUGAUGAACUGCGGACCUCCUACAUCAAGGAGUUGGACCGCUUGGCCAGCCAGCGCGGAGAGACCACCCGUACACAGAGACUGUUUCAGCUCACACAGCUGCUGGACUACCUCCAGCUGAUUGUGAGGAAGUUACACCAGUUCACCUAUGAUCUGUUCAUCCAAGCUCAGUCCCUGCAGACGCGUGUCAACUUCCCGGAGAUGAUCUCAGAGAUUGUGAGCGUCCAUGUGCCCAAGAUCCUCUCGGGCAUGGUCAAGCCCAUUCUUUUCCACAAUACAUCCUAGAGUGGAGUCUCUGUGAUUGGUCCUGUGUGUCAUUUGAGCACCCAGCCUUCUGACCACUUCUGGGAAAGCUGAAACGGCUAGAGAGGGUUUAUGAUUUGAUAAGAUGAAAGAAGUGAAAAAGCCCCUCUUUUGCCUACUGGGUGACAGUGCAGCACAGUGAAACAGCACAUUCUUCCAAUCUAAUUGCAUCUGCUCUGUUCUUACUGCCUGUUAAGUGUAUCGCACACAACAAAUGUUUCUGUAGCUGAUUAAAACACUUUUUAGCAUGCAUUCCUCCUCACAUACUCUUUAAAGGUCAACCGCCUGGCAUGUAAGCUUCAUCAUUUAACAGACAACAACAAUAUUUCAUUUCGGGAGGUAAGAAAGUUGAAAGAAAAAACGUGUUUGCCGAGUUCACAUCACCAUCAACGCUUGUCUGUGUGCAGUGGUUUGGCAUUUGGACUUGCUUUUUUAACAAUGAAUGUUAUUGUGUGCACCUGAGAUUAACAAAGUUGAUUGACAGCUAAUAAACUGUUGUGGCAUGCAUGCCAAGAAGCAAAGCUCUGUUUCCUGAAUAUGUGAACAUUUCUGAAAGCUGUUCUCAUCCAUAGAAAUAAUAGUCCAUUAAUAGUUUUAGGUGUCGACAAGAGAAAUACACUUUAUAACCGCAAGCGACUGCAUUAAUGCAAAUUUUCAAAUGUAUAUUUAUGAAUUUUGUGAUAUGAAAAGGUCACACUGAAGAAAAUGAUUGGACAAAAUGCUCAAAUGACUCAUUAGUCUAACUAUGGGUGACUUUUUCUUUUCUUUUUUUUUUUUAAGUUUGCUUGUUUUUUGAAUGUCAAACAUUAUUAUAAGUACAAUUUUUCCAGAUUGGACAUUUCAUACUGUUGUAACUUUUCUACAGUUUCUUAAAAAGUGUUCUUUGCAAGUGCUUUGAUGUGUAUCAUCAUGUAUUCAUUGUAGCUUCUGACAUUUUCGCUAAAUGUUAAAGGUCCAGCCAAGAAUCUGCUCAUUUGUUGCAACACUUACAGCUUAAUAAAAACCGAAGCAUGA